AUGACGAGCCUAGAAAAGAGCGGCAGCAAAGACGCGCCGACCAACCCCAGAGGGAUCCCGUAUGCACCUUUCGUGGACAAGGUCGAGGACUAUGUCACGACGCGAGCCGACGUCGAAGGUGCCCUGAAGAGUUUCCAGGAGAUGAUUUCAAAAUAUCAGUUCAUGGAAGCCAAUAACCAACGGCGAGUUGUGGGCCUCAAGGACAAGAUUCCUGAUAUUCAGAAAACGCUCGAGACUGUGCGAUUUCUUAAGACGAGAAAAGCCGACGCAGAGCCCAUUGAAGCCAUGUUCGAACUCAAUGACACGCUCUUCGCCAAAGCAAAUAUCCAUGAGACAGAUGAGGUCUACCUUUGGCUUGGUGCCAAUGUGAUGCUUGCCUAUCCUCUGCCCGAAGCAGAGGCUCUACUGGAUGAGAAGCUUCAGGUAGCUCAGGGAAGCCUUGCAAACUGCCAAGAAGAUCUUGACUUUCUCAGAGAGCAGAUCACAACAAUGGAGGUUGCGACCGCCAGAGUCUACAAUUGGGAUGUGGGUCAGCGCCGGAAAGAGAAACCAGAUGAGAAAGAUGCCGAAGAUGAGUCCAAGGAGAUUUCGCAAGAUUGA